AUGGCAUCACUCUGGGACCGUCUUACUCCUCAUUCGCAAUUAUUCAAGCAAUAUCCAAAUAACUCCAAUACACCUGCACCAGUACCAUCACCAUUAUUUGUUGGUAGUUCAAAUACAAAUGUAGCAGAUAUGUCCCUAUUCAGUGCUCAAGUCCAUCCUGGACGAGCUCUGGGCUUUCUAGGAGCUUCGCUUCACGAAAUCAUCACACGAAUAAAAGCCGAACCACAACGAUUUCCUAAACUCGACUUGACCUAUGAGCCUACAGCCCCUGUUGAUGAACCUGUUAUCCUCAGUCUACCCUCUAACGGAAUCCGUCUCCGCUUUGAUGGACCCCAGCAACGUCUGCGACUUAUAGAAGUGUUGGAUUUUACGAAGAACAAACUUACAUAUAAUGAUCGAGAGGUUUUAAGAUCUGGUGGAACUGCUUCGCCAAAUAACGCUGGGACUGGACAUCUUAAUGGACCAACCUUUCGACAUAUUUAUAAAAGUUUAAUUGGGCCUACGUUUCCUGGAGAAUACAUCAAGCCCGAAGCUGGAGAUGAGACUGGAAUGGGCCUAUAUGUGUUAUCAUAUCCCGGAGUCGCUUUCUCAUUCCCUAUUCAUAAAUCAUCUUGGUCACCCGGAAAAGAUGUCGUUUCGUUACUCUCAUCAUCCGCUAGCCAACCUGCUUCUUCUAUGGCGAUAUUCUCGGGAGAAUCUUGGCCCGAGGCACGAGAUAAUUUGUUUACGCAGACACUUGAACCUCUCAAAACAUUCACACCAUUAACAAAGGGUCGAGAACAGGUUGCAGAUGAAAUUAGCCUCGUUAGACUUUAUGGUGGAGGCAAACUUGAGUUCGUUCGUCGUUUUAGCAACACCCCUUUUUGGAUUCUUCUAGGCGAAACAACUCCUCAAGAGCUUGUAGCUGAACUUGGACCACCUGAUGCUAUAUAUCGAAAGAACGAUCAAAAGAUGUCAAUCCAUAAGGCUCGAACCGCGAGUAGCACUGGUAGGCGUCCAGCUCCAACCGAUCUACGAGAUGAUUCUACCGAUACCGACCAAUCUUCAGCUCACACUGCGACGGAUGAUUCUGAUGAUGAUAGUGGUGAAGGAGAAGUAGCAGGAAAUGUUACUGGGGAAUGCUUCUACAAUUAUUUUUACCACGGUUUUGAUGUCUUGGUCUCUACUCCAACUUCACCGUCACAACUUCCACCAUCUAAAGCUCGUUCUCAACAGGAAAACAGUCGGAUCAUUCCUGUGGAUGCAACUGCUCGUCUAGUAGCUACAAAAGUGAUAUUACAUGGUAACGUUCCAGGCUCAUAUCCCUUCAAUCGCCAUCGCCGCUGUCGCUGGGAGAUCGAAUAUUUAUCCCCAAAACCAAAAUCUAAAAUAAUGGCCAUAAACUCCGAAACCCCUUUUGCAUCAGUCGAAAGUAGUCUUUAUAACGAAUGGAAAAGCAUUUACACCAACGUAGAAGAAGCAAAGCAAAGGCAACGCGGUAUGGUACUGAAUCGUGAUUGGGGGGAUAGUCCAGGUAGUAGUUGUGAACUGCUCGGUGGUUGGGAAGAUAGUGUAGGUGAGAAACGAAAUGCAGGAAAGGAUGACGAGAAGGGCCUGGGUAAUACCACGCUGUUUGGAUUUCCGGGAUUGGUAUUUGAAGUAUUGAAGAAUGGAACUGUUAGUGGUGUUACGGUGUUUUGA